AUGUCUGAUACAAAUUCUCGCAAGCGAUCGAGAUCAAUCGACAGACCAGGAUCUGAUAGCGAGUCUUCCGAUGAUGAUGAUUUCGGCCCAGCCUUGCCUUCUUCAGUGCCGCCUAAAAAGAAGCGCAAGUUGCCGUAUGAGUCCUUGUAUGUUGAUGCUUUGCCUAAAGGGCUGAGAUACUCAAGGUCAUUGAUGCACAAGGAUCAGCUGUCUACUGUGACCGUUGCCCCUCCCCCAGCCGACUUCAUCAUCACAACUUCUGUUGAUGGAGUUGUCAAAUUCUGGAAGAAGGUAGCCGUUGGAAUCGAGUUUGCCAAGGAGUACCGAGCACAUGAAAGUCGAGUAGUAAGCUCAAGCGUGAGCACGGACGGUGGCCUUUUCGCUACAGCAGGCGACAACGACGACAAUACUAUCAAGAUCUUUGAUGUAAUCACCUUCGACCUUUUAUCCAUUCUCAAUCUUGAGCAACCAGCAUCUUGUAUCUGCUGGGUGCACCGAAGGGGUGCAGUACCUAUACUAGCAGCUGGAGUAGGAAAGGCGAUACACCUGUACGACGGUCGAGGCAAUUCACAAACUCCGAUCCACGUGAUCCCUGCUCUUCAUCGUGCACCACUCGUGGCUAUGGCUUAUAAUCCUAGCUUCGAUUGUGCUAUAUCGGCUGAUUCAACUGGUAUGAUCGAAUACUGGCAACCACGAGACAACUACGAAAAGCCGGACAAUGUCUUCAAAUUGAAGUCAACUACAAACCUCUUUGACUUCAAGAAGGCCAAGUCGGCCCCGUCAAACAUUACUGUAUCACCUUCAGGCCACCAAUUCGCAACUAUUUCUUUUCCCGAUAGGAAGGUACGCGUGUUUGACUUUGCUUCUGGCAAGUUAUAUCGCUCUUAUGACGAGUCCAUCGAAACAAUUACUGCGAUGCAACAGGCUGGUACCGCGCUUCAAAAGUUGGAGGAAGUGGAAUUUGGGCGCAGGUUGGCAGUUGAGCGUGAUCUCGACAAUGCAGCUGUCCGGUCCAGAAUCAACGUUGCCUUUGACGAGUCGGGCUAUUUUAUUGCGUACGGAUCUCUACUCGGUGUGAAGGUCAUCAACACUUUGACAAAUCGCGUAUUGAAAGCAUAUGGGAAAGAUGAGCCUUUUCGCGCAUUGAACGUGGCUAUUUACCAAGGUGCGCCGCAGAAAAAGGAGGUGGUGACUAUUUCCAUGGCUGCAAGCUCCAAUCCGCUCCUGAGUGAGGCUGAGGAAAGGGAUCCAAUGCUAUUCGCCACUGGAUAUGGAAAGGUCCGAUUUUAUAUGUUUACCAACGAAGAGGAUAUCAGCAAGUCGACACGAGAUGUCCAAAACGAGAAGCCUCGAGUGAUUGGCGGCAAGAAGAAGGAAGAGAAGCAGGCCCAGAUUGGCACAUCCGCGGUCCUGCACACCAAUUAUGGAGACAUCCAUAUUAGGCUUUUCCCAGAUAAAGCUCCCAAGGCAGUGGAAAACUUCGUUACACAUUCAAGAAAUGGAUACUACAACAACACGAUCUUUCAUCGGAUCAUCCGCAAAUUUAUGAUACAAGGUGGUGAUCCACUGGGCGAUGGGACUGGUGGUGAGAGUAUCUGGGGAAAGGAAUUUGAGGACGAGUUCUCGGAUUUGAAGCACGAUAGGCCUUACACAGUGAGCAUGGCAAAUGCAGGUCCCGGAACAAAUGGGUCCCAGUUUUUCAUCACGACUGAAAAGACACCUUGGCUGGACAAUAAGCACACCAUUUUUGGUCGGGCGUACCAGGGAAUGGAUGUCAUCCAUCAGAUGGAGAAUGCGAAGGUACGGAAAGAAAAGCCCGAGGAGGAUAUCAAGAUAGUCAACAUCUCUAUAAAUUGA